UUGUUUUUCAGGGUAUGCGCACUGACACUGCGCCGCAGCGUUCCUCCCUUUUCCUCAUCCAAUCUUCAUUUCCGGAGCAGCUUCACCUCCUCUGGACGUUUCGCGCAGCACAACGAGACCAGCUUAAAACAUGUCUACCAGGGUGGCUUUGGUAACGGGCAGUAACAAGGGCAUCGGCCUGGCCAUCGUCCGAGCACUUUGCAAGCAGUUCCAAGGAGAUGUUUACCUCGCCGCCAGAGACAUCGGUCGUGGUCAGGAAGCAGUGGAGUCUCUGGCCUCAGAGGGACUGACGGCCUUGUUUCACCAGCUGGACAUCAAUGACCUGAACAGCAUCACCACCGCCGCUGCGUACUUUAAAGACAAGUAUGGAGGAGUGGACGUGCUCGUCAAUAAUGCUGGGAUAGCAUUUGGAAUGGCAGACACCACUCCAUUUGCGGUCCAGGCAGAGGUGACCCUCAAGACAAACUUCUUCGCCACCAGAGACAUGUUGACUCACUUCCUGCCGAUCAUCAAAGCUGGAGGCCGUGUGGUGAACAUCUCCAGCUUCGUCAGCUCCCGCGCUCUGAAGCAGUGCAGCGCGGCCCUCCAGGAGCGAUUCCGCAGUGAGGACAUCACAGAGGAGGAGCUGGUGGGACUGAUGCAGUGUUUCGUUGAGGAGGCCAAGAAGGGCGAGCUCAAGCAGGGCGGCUGGCCUGAAACAGCGUAUGGAAUAUCCAAAACUGGACUGACGACCCUGUCCAUGAUCCUGGCUCGUCGUCUAUCAAAUGAGAGACCAAAUGACGGGAUCUUGCUGAACGCCUGCUGUCCAGGCUGGGUGCAGACUGACAUGGCUGGAUCGAAAGCCCCCAAGUCACCAGACGAGGGCGCUGUCACUCCAGUCUACCUGGCACUGCUGCCCCCCGGAGCCACAGAGCCUCACGGAAAGUUUGUCUCUGAUAAAGAAGUUCAGCCGUGGUGAAAGUGUUAAAGACACCUGAGUGCGUGCCUGUGUGUUUCAUGUUCUUAAAUCUCAAUGGGACUUAAACCUGAAUGCACACCCGAUUGAUAGAGACUGCUUUUUGAGGGUAAAGACUUGGUUUUAGGGGUCAAUUUACAAUUAGGUUAAGGGUAGAAUAAGGGUCUAUGGAAUGCAUUAUGUCAAUGGGAUGUCCCCACAGGGACAGGGAUAUUUCUGGGUGUGUUUGUCUGCUGGGUCUGCUGGGUUUGAUGGAACGAUAAUCUGUGUAUGUGCUGGCUAAUCGCUGAUGUGAAAAAUUAUAUUUUGUUUCACUUUGCCUUUGGGAUUAUAAACAUUUUUAUAUAUUUUACAUGGAAAAUGGAAAACUUGCCUUAACUAGAUGAAACUAACAUCACAGCAACAUAACAUAACAGCAAAAAAACUUUUUAUUAUGAUGCAAAACUUUUUUUCAUGCAGAUGUUAAAUUGCUUUAAUGUCAAAAACAAUAAAUAAACCUCACAAUAAAAAAAUACUUUGUCAAAAUUUUAAUUUAUAAGGACAGAAUUAGAGCAGGACGAUACAUGUAUCAUAAUUGACUGUAUGCUUUUCCUAAAAUUAAGAUCCCAUGGUCAUGGGACUUUGGUCAUGUCCCAGUCAGAAGGUGGAAUUUGGUUUUAUAUAUAUUAUACGCUUGUAAUCAAACCUUUAGCAAUACAGCAGUCAAAUGGAAAAAAAAGAAUAGAAAAAUCUGAAAAAAAUCACCAGAAAGUCCAAGAGAUUUCAAUAUUGCAUAACAUAUUGCAAUAUGUCAAGAAACUUCACUGCAGUCAAUGGUCAAUUACAAAGUACAUAACUGUAUAUUUUUUUCUAAAUUUGCAUUAUCCAAUCCAAAAAUGCCUGAAAGAUUUUUUCAAAAGCCAACAAAAUUGAUUGACAGCUUGUUUAGACUCUGGAGAUGAAAUGUAGUAAAAUGUUUUUAAAUGUUACAAAACUGGAAGGCAGUUAGUGCAGUUAAAAUAAAUGUCUCAGCAUAAAAUAUCUACUGUACAACAAA